AUGGCAAAGUCAAACAGGAAGAAACGUCCACCACCUUGUACACCUUCUCCUAAACCCUCGACUGCAAAAUCAAAAUUGACCGGUGCCGGUACGGGACGAAUCGAUUAUAGCCUUCUUUCACCUCCUGACCAAGCCAUAGAAGUGAGCGAUGAGGAUCAAGAAGAUUCUCCUGCUAGGAAUACGAGAUCGAAAGUCACUCUAUCCCAAUUUUCUUCAGGGUCCGACGUAGUGUUUUUAUCUACCUCCAAGAAGACAGGUUCACCCGCACCCGCACCUAAGAAGACUCAUCCUCAGAAUCAGACUCAUCCUACUUCUUAUGCCAAGGCAGUCAACCCAAUUGCUUCUUCUUCCUCUUCCUCGUCCAAGGGAAAAUCUCGUCAACGAGUACCUCCCUCAUCAUUUAUCACUAACUCCGUCGGCUCACGUCAGCUUGUCACUCCUAAAGCUAAAGCUAAAGCGACCUCUUCGUCCACUCUCGCUCCCCCGCACGUAUCGCACAACCACCAACAUCAAGAGAUCGAAGCUGAAUGUAUCAUUUGUUCCGAGGAGAUCUCUGAGAUCCUGGCGAAAGCGGAGAAAGAAGGCAAAGGUGGGAUUGGAGGUGGAUUGGGAUUGUGGAGUUGCGAACUAGCAGGAUGUGGUGCUUUAUUCUGCAUCGAAUGUGCAAUCGCAUGUAUCGAUCGAUCAAUUUCCACAACGCCAGUUGCAAAACCGACUUGUCCGGCAUGUACGAGGGAGUGGAAUGUAGAGGAAAUGAGAGAUCAAGCUAAAGCUUAUGAUUCUUCGACAUACCCUGAUUUGGCGUCCGGGCAACAAACACCUUCAGUAACUGCAAAUACCCAAACCGAAACGAAUGAUAAUACCACUACGCAUAAUACUGCAGCUCCCCUUACUUCAGUCGAUGGCUUCGUACAGGUCGGGAAUGGGAGAUUGCCAAAAGCAGCUAUACCAGCGAGAGAGGCGAUGAAAGGUAUGAAUAGAGGUGGUAGUUCUGCCGAUAGGGCUGGAACUACCAAUCGAUACGUUCGUUAG